CCUAAUUCAAUCAAGCUUUCUAAACUCGUUAUAAAGGUGAGAACUGAUUUGCUAUGAAGGUGAGACAUAUCGCCUGUAAUUUAUGUACUGCACAGUAGCUAUACAGUAGCUUAAUAUGAUAAACAGAAGCAAGUCUAUCAAUGGUCCAGUCUUGUGUAUUGGCCAUUACCACCAAUACGCAGACCUUAUCAUUCCCAUAGGCCACAUACCUGGCAUACCAGAAUCAGUGUCUUUAAGGUGAAACUUCUAUAUACAUAUAUUGUACUUUCCGUGUCAAGUUAAUAAUAGUAUCAAAUAUUGGACUUUCCUAUUUAAAUAUAGUAACAGUCCACGGUUCAUAACUCCUCAUAUCGGUAAACAAGCAUACUAGAGGUACAUUUUUACGCAAGUGCCAAUUUGAUUUAUACAUAAUAAACUCUUAAUAAAUAUGUAAAUAAAGACAUUUCACAAGUUAAACUUUCUUUAAUAUGACUAUGAGAUCCCAUUUUAACAAAAUAUAUAUUGAAUUUUGCAUCUACAUAUUUUGAAUUGGUGUAUUUAUCAUUUAUUUAUAUGACAAAGUUACAGAAUUAAUUCAGUAUUGCUGCAGCAAAAAGCAGUUUACUUAGAUAAUCAAUCAAGAAAUGUUUUGAUUAAGACCUAUCAUAAUAUUUUUAUGUAUAAACGAAUUGUCAUUAGUCAAACAGACGUCAAGGAGACAACAGCAAGAUACAGAUUGAGAGCCAACACCAUCAGAUCUACAGUGAAAUAACAGUGCUGCUACAAUCUACAGUCAGCAAAACAACAAGAUAAGAUAUUUAUAAUUUACUUACAGCAUUAACAGUUGUGCGUAGAAAAAGGUAAUGAUUAUAUAUUCGCAUGUUAGUCUCGCCUGGAUAUUUGUAGUCUCGCCUGGUAGUUGUUUUUAUCUUUAAAAUGCAUUUAUGAAGUUAGCAUACUUGUUUCUCAAAUGAACACAAAAUAUCCGAUUUCAGUAUUUUGACCAAUCAGAUUCAUUCUAAAAACAACCUAUGAGAUUGUUUACUAUAAAAAAACGUGUUCACUUAGUACCUCUAUCUUUCUGUUUCUAGAAAUCAAACAGUCAACAUGGCUUACACUUGUGAAGAAUGUGGAGCUGAAUUGAAAAAACUCAGUCAGCUACUUCAGCACAGACGGAUUCAAAACCACUGGACUAAGUUUAUAUGUCCAAGUUGCAAGAAGAGUCUUACAAGAAGAGACAACCUGGACAGGCAUAUGAAAAAACAUAGUGAUGAAAACGCUCAUCACUGUCCAGAGUGUCUAAAAGUUUUUACACAUAGGGAUGCUUCAGAUGAUCAUUUCCAACGACACCACGACCAGACAGGAGGAGGACAGAAGCGAAAAUCGAACGCAAGCGAGAAUGAUGGACCUAUCAAAAAGUUAAAAAAGGGUGCAGACCCACAUCAGUUUUAUACUCUGACGAAAAUUAAAAGUCAACGGAUCGAGAAAUUCAAGACAACAGCUACAUUCUACAAGAUCUCGCUUCAAAACAUUGAAGUAACUGAAAAUAUAUCUUCAACUUUGCGAAGAAUGUUUGCCUCUAUAUUUCAAGAUGUAACGGAUGGAGCAAAAUCUGAAGAUUUGUUGAGGGUGACAGUUCAAACUCCGACUUUGGAUUACCCAAUCGUCAUUCCUUUCAUAAAAUUACCUGAAUUAACUGCUGACAGGUUUAGCGGGUGCUUCAAUCGAACGAAGAUUUUGCCAUUGAUUCAGGCUUGAUGUUAGAAAUCACACAUGUUGACAUGCCCAAAGGAGGAACUAGAAAGAGAUGUAAAUUUGUUGACAUGGAUAAAUUUUUAUCGGAUAAAAAGUGCAUACUUCGUGUUCAAAAUCGGGACAAUUUAUGUUGUGCUAGAGCCAUUAUUACCGCAAAAGCAAGGAUAGAUGGCCAUGAAAAAUGGAACAGUAUACGUCAAGGUUGUGAGAUACAAAGACGACUGGCUGAAAAAUUACGUAAGGAAGCGGGUGUUCCUCCUACACAAUGUGGAAUAGAAGAGAUACAAAUAUUUCAAUCGUUGAUGACAGAGUACCAGAUAUAUGUGGUAUCCAAAGAACAUUUCAAUGCGAUUAUCUUCAAAGGUCCAGAGGCAGAAAAAAAAAUAUACUUGUAUUAUCAUGAUCAUCAUUAUGAUGUGAUCACUAGUAUGCCGGCGUUCGUAUCCAGGAACUACUAUUGUACCCAGUGUGACAAAGGUUAUGAUCACAAAGAAGAUCAUAAAUGCAACUCUGUUUGCUAUGCGUGCCGCAAAGUACAUGAUCAAAUGGAAGAUAACUGGAUAGAAUGCGAAACAUGUCGCCGCUUCUUUCGUGGUCAGGAGUGCUAUGAUCUCCACAAAAGACUUACAGCUAAAGGAAAUUCAACGUGUUCUGCCAUCUAUCGAUGUACCGAGUGUGGAAAGACUGUUAACAAGAAAAUGGACAAGAAGCAUAUAUGUGGACAAAUCUAUUGAAAUAUGUGCAAAGGCUUCUUCCCGGAAACACAUAAAUGUUACAUGAUACCGGAAUCCACAGGCUUUCAGGAAGAACCAAUGUCCAUUGAAGAAGAGUUAAUCAGUGACAAUGCAAAAACAUAUAUUUUCUUUGACUUUGAAUGUACACACGACGACUUUGUAGAAUGUGACAUGAAGUAUAGUCCUGAUGUUUUUUGAAAAUGUCAAAAUUGUUUAAAGUCUGACUGUGGUGUAUAUGAACACAAACCAAAUCUUUGUGUAGUUCAGAAAGUAUGUACACUUUGUAUGGACAAAGAAUUUAAUUGUGAGAAUUGCGGUCAAAGGGAGUAUAUCUUUGGUGGUGACAACACUUUGAACGAUUUCUGUCACUUGUUGUUUUCAGAAGAGAAUUACAACUCUACUGUAUUAUGCCAUAACUUCCAAGGGUACGAUUCUUAUCCCAUACUUCAUUAUUUGUAUGCAAAUGCAAUAGUACCAAAAGUGAUACCCAAUGGGGCAAAAAUCAUGUGCCUUACAGUACCAAGUUGCAAAAUCAAAAUGAUUGACUCUAUAAACUUUCUCCCCAUGGCACUUUCUAAAUUGCCAGCAAUGUUUGGCUUUGAUGAACUGAAGAAGGGCUACUUUCCUCAUUUAUUCAACAAGAAAGAAAACCAGCGGGUUGUUCUCGACGGUCUACCAGACCUUUCAUUCUAUAAUCCAAAUGGAAUGAAACCAGACGACAGACAAACGUUCUUGAAAUGGUACUCAAGACAUAAAAAUGACACAUUUGACUUCCAAGAACAGCUAUUGGACUAUUGUAAAUCAGACACUGACAUCUUGAGACGAUGUUGCUUGAGAUUCCGUGAAGAUUUCAUGGAUACCACUGACAUUGACCCCUUUGAACAGUGUAUCACAAUGGCAUCCGCUUGUAACCUGGUGUUUAGAACCAAAUUUUUAGAAUCUGAAACUAUUGGUCUUAUCCCACGUCAAGGGUAUAAUCCUGAACAAAAACAGUCUAUGAAAGCUUUACAGUGGGUGAAAUAUAUAUCUCACAUGGAAGGGUAUAAAAUUCAACAUGCUCGAAAUGGCGGAGAAAAAGUCAUAGGACCAUACAGGGCAGAUGGUUACUAUGAAUCCAAAAAUGCGGAAAAAAUUGUAUUAGAAUUUCAUGGAGAUUUUUGGCAUGGAAACCCCACUAACUAUUCUAGGUCAACAGUCAAUCCAGUUAACCAGUUGACAAUGGGAGAGUUGCAUGAUAAAACUAUAGAAAAACAAAGAUAUCUUGAGAAUGAUGGCUAUACCUAUAUUUGCAUUUGUGAAUCAGAAUUUGAUAAACAGGUUUCAAAUGAUAGCAACAUGAGGUCUUUUAUUGAAAGUCUUGGCAUCAUUUCUCCGUUGGAACCGCGUGAUGCAUUUUAUGGAGGUCGAACAGAAGCAUAUACAUUGUACAAAGAAGCUUCCGCAGACGAAACAAUAGAUUACUACGACGUAACUUCUCUCUACCCAUGGGUAAAUAAGACCGGGAAAAUCCCGUUAGGUCAUCCAAAAAUUGUCACAGAAAACUUCAAAGAGUUGGAUAAAUAUGAGGGUCUAAUUAAGUGUAAAGUUCUACCUCCAAAAGGACUUUUCCAUCCGGUUUUACCAAGUAAAUGCAAUGGGAAACUUUUGUUUCAUCUUUGCAGGGCGUGUGCAGAGACAAAAGAACAAACCUCUUGUAGUCAUAAUGACACAGAACGUUCUUUCAUUGGCACUUGGGUGACUGAUGAGGUCCAAAAAGCUAUACAAAAGGGGUAUCAAAUAGUAAAAGUCUAUGAAGUGUGGCAUUUUAACAAAGUAUCCAAGUAUGAUCCAAUCACAAAGACCGGUGGCAUAUUUACACAAUACGUAAACACUUUCUUAAAAAUAAAGCAGGAAGCUAGCGGAUGGCCAAAGUGGUGUCAGACAGAACAACAGAAAAGAAAAUACAUAAACAUGUAUUAUCAGAAAGAGGGCAUUCUUCUUGACUAUGAAAAUAUAAAGAAAAAUCCUGGUUUCAGAGCAUUAGCCAAACUAAUGUUGAAUUCCUUUUGGGGGAAAUUUGGUCAAAGGUCAAACAUGCCUCAGGUUGACUUGAUAGAAGACCUUUCAGUUUAUUUCGACAAACUCACGUCUGACCGUGAAGAAGUGACGUGUGUUAAUUAUGUUUCUGACGAAUUUGUUGAAAUGCAUUGGAAAUACAAGGAGGAUUUUGUGGAUACUAAUCCAAAAACAAAUGUGGUUAUUGCUGCAUACACGACUGCACAGGCACGACUUAAACUAUUUUCGUAUUUGGAAACACUUGGACCAAGAGCGCUAUACGCUGACACAGACUCAGUGAUUUUCUCAACAAAACAGGGUGAAACAAAACCAGAACUAAACGAUUAUCUUGGAGAUCUCACUGAUGAGGUUCCAGGAAAUUCAAUAAAGACGUUUAUAACUUGUGGUCCGAAAAACUAUGGGUAUGAGUUACAAAAACCUGAUGGGGAUGGUAAUUGUACCCACUGUAAAAUACGAGGCAUCACCCUGAGCUGUAAAAAUAUGUUAAAUGUCAAUUUUGAUGUGUUGAGGACGAUUGUUACUAAAAGGCAGGAUGCUGUACUAUCUGUUGUAAAUGCUCACAAAAUAGCUAGUGACAGAAACAGUUCAAAGCUCAUCACAAUAAGUGAACGAAAGGACAACCAAAUGGUGUUUGACAAAAGGGUGAUUGGGGGUAAUUAUGUUUCCUAUCCGUACGGAUAUUAGUCCAGUUUGUAUUAUGAAGAAAACCUCGAGAAAACUCCAGUUUAGUUUAAUACACUCAACAUGUAUAUUCAAUACAAAUUGUUGUAAUUUUGUAUAUUAUUGAAUGUUUAAACCGAUGGCACUGUAAAAACAUACUAUAGAAAAUAAUGUAAAAUAGAAUUGUGUUUUUCAUGUAUUUGAAUUCAGCUCAGUCUGGGUAAUACUGUAUACAUGUAUAUUUAUCAAAUCCUAUUUGAUUGUAAUAAAAUUAUGUAGUAAAAUAGUACAAUUAAACUCAUGCAAAGAUG